ACUGUUACUAAAGAACUCUUAAAAACCCAUGCAAGAGAAAUCAUAUCUCUUUGUAAUAUGAAAAAGGAAGCAAAACGACGCUAUUAUAGUGCAAAAGUCAGUGUAUUGAAGCUCGUUUGUUUCACACUGCAAGUGUUUAUGAGAAUGAUAUUAGGAGUUCAUAUAUUUCUGUAGGUUGCAUUUUGCUAUGUUGUGGAGAACACUGAAGAUUGGCAAGAACUUUUAACAGAACAUGACAACCUUGUUCGUAAAUAUGAACGUGCAAAGGUAUGGCAAGUCAAAUUACAAGAAAACAUUAUUACAUAUUCAGACUUUCAAGUAGUUUGUGUUAUUUGUUUAGGCGAUACUUGAAGAGACAGGCGAACGACCUCAACACAGAGUUAAACCAAUCAUUGGAAGUAAAACUGACUCCAUUCAAUAUUUCGAGGAAGAACUGAAAGUAUGUCCUGCUUCAUUUUAUUGAAUAUUGGCUUCGAUAUAUUGAACAGCAUGUAGGCCUAAUUAGAAAUAGUUUAUUUCGAACUAAAAUCUCCAUUGAUCUAAGAAAAAAGAAGCUUUUCUGACGCCAUACAACCCGGCGGCAACAAGCAAAGGAGUGAGUUUUAGUGAAGUAAAAACAAAGUAUAAUAUUGCUUAUAAGUACUAUUUUCUUUACUCAAUUACUUCUCUGUUACUGCGCGGUUUGCAACCUUAUUCCCAGUCGUUCAAACAUGGCAGACAAGGCCUAGUCGCAUUGCGUGCAUGAGAUGUAAAAUAGGUCACGUGUUGCUUUGAAGUUUGCCGGCCUUCCAAACCCGGUCAGUAUAUAUUAACUAUGCUUAUAGUUCUGGAUAUCAACUAUAGUUAGUAUAUUCAACGCAUUUUAAUCCCAGUCGUAAGUAAAUGUUUUGAAAUUUAGUCACUCAAAUUUAAUUUUUAUUCAUAUAUUCUUGAACGCGCAGAAACUACAAGAUAAAUUAGUUGAACAAGACGCUGAUGCUACCAGACGCGUUGUACGAGCAGCAAUAAUAACUUUCAAAACCCUUCGUGAUGCAAGUAUUGCUGCUCAAGUACUCUGGCAAGCUACGCCUUACCACACCAUGGUGAAGCUUGCACCAGAACCACGAAAUAUCAUUUGGAAAAAUCUCGAAUAUCCGUUAUGGAACAGGUAAACUCAUUAUAACGUUAACUUUAACGUUGAUACAUAAGCGUACGAGGCCGGGGGAGGGGCACAGCUCCCCCCCCCCUCCCCACCUCGAAAAAUUAAAGUUGGGCAAAUUAUAAACGUAAGUUGGGCGAAAAGAUGGCGGAAAUAAAUUUAAAGGCAUGAAAUAUUUUAGAUAAUAGUUGAAAAUGCAAGAAAUAUGUAACAUUUCCAGAAAAUAUUGUAUACUAUUUCAAAGUUCCCUACAAUUUUUUUCAUUAUUGUAGAUGGCUUCGUUGGUUAAUCAUCAGCAUACUUUUGUUUCUUCUGGUUGUUUUCUGGAUGAUACCAGUAACCUUCGUUCAAUCUUUGGUUACAAUUGAAAGUCUUGAAAAGAAAAUAUCGUUUCUAAAUUUUGGUAAGACAUGAAGAAUGAUUGGACUUUCACAUUGCUUAGGGAAGCCUCACAUAUCGAUUUUUUCCACGAGAAACGUCAUAUGUUCGUUUGGGGGUGGGGGGGUUGGCAGCUGUGACGUUUCUCUGUAAACAUCAUGGAAAAAUUCGAUAGUUUUUAUCUUUGCAGAAUAUAAAAAAGAAAACAAUUUGAUACAAACAGCAGUCUAUAUAUUCCUAAUAUUCGUAAUACCAUACCUGUCCUAUACUUAUACAUUUAUAUUAUUACGCCUUCCUUGCAUUGAAAACACUCAAAUUAAAAAAAAACGCGCUAAAAUUAUCAAUAUUUCAUGCAAAAUAAGUUGUUUUGAGAAACGUUGGAAAUUUUGAAGUUCAUACUUAUAUUAAUAAAAAAGAGUAUGUCAGCAGAAGAUGACAUAUUCCUCGCGGAUCCGGAAGCAUCGCCAAUAGCCGACCGAAAAAAAUCGUAGAAAAUUACCUUAUGUGUACUACAAUAAGAUCAAAAUAUCGAUAACUAUGUGUGACGUUUCUAAGGGGGGGUGGGGGGGUCUCCAGAGAAACGAACAUAUGACGUUUCUCGUGGACAAAAUCGAUAUGUGAGGCUUCCCUUACAUAUUUCGCUACGUUAGAAGUUUGACUAGAUUAUUGCAAAUGCGAUAAGCUGGUAUAUACUUAACUUUUAUGUUCAAAGGUCUUGUAGACAAGAAUUUCGAGCGAAAACUAUGUACAUAUUUUAGACCUAACGAGGAGAAGUUGCAAAAAAUGGCAAGGCCCUCCGGAAUCGAACCCGCGGUACUGCGAUUCCGGUGCAGCGCUUUGACCACUGAGCUGCAGAGUCCAUGCGGUUGCCAAGAAGUUGAACAGUCUAACCAUCAGUCAUCCAAAGAGGCUUCCUAGCAUCACAAUUAAGGUGCGACGCCAUAUGCUACGAUCGACAGCGAACACUACAUUGAACAGGAUAUGUGUCGUUACGGGAAAUUUCAAGUUCAGAACUCAAAUAUAGCAUACGACGUAUUUCGUGUCUAUGAGACCAUUAUAAUACAAUGCUUUUAUAUUUUUAAUAGUGAAUGAUUUAAAUCCUGCUGUCCUGGGUAUUAUUGAAGGAGUGCUAGCCACCAUAGCUUUUGUCAUAUUUUUUGCAAUUCUUCCAAUGGUAAGUUAACAUGUUUUAUAUGACAUGGAAAAUUUGGUACCAGUCUACGGGAGAAUUUCUAUUCUUUCUUAAUUAAACGCAUAGCUUUUUAUGAGUUUCAAUAACUACUUAUUUCUUUACGUGUUUUGUGUUAUAGAUCCUGACAUUUAUGUCACGCCAACAAGGUCUUGUGUCAUUUAGUGAUGUAGAAUCAUCAGUUAUUGAAAAACUUUAUAUAUUUACGGUAAGUGAAAAUCCUGAUAUCGUCUUCGAAACCUAAAGAAGGAUUACUAGGAUUUUACUUUACUAUAACCAUUAAUGCAGAAUAAUGAAUUGUUUCUGGUUGCAAUCAAAAUUAUGAAGAGCCAGUGGCGGCUGAACGGGGGGGGGGAGGUUAUAUCCCCCUAUCCACCCACCCCCUAUUCCGCCGUCCCUGUGCUGUGAAAAUCUUUUGAACAUGAAAUGUUUAAAACUUAAAAAAGAGGAAAUUGUUUUUCCUUUAAACUGUUACGUGUUGUGUUUUGGUUUAAAAGUAGUAUAACAAAUAUAUAUAUUCAGGUAAAACAAAUAUUGCUCGUGGAGUGCGUAAAAUUGCGCCUAUCCUCCAAUGAGUUGGUUAUUCCUAUAUAAAGAGCUUAAUUUGGUCUUUGACAUGGGCGUACCGGAAGGAAAAAAUUAGGGGGGCGGAAAGAAAAUUGCCCGACUUUUCGUAAAAUUGCCCGACUUUUCGUGAUUGUGCCCGACUAGUACCAAAAAAUUUUCCCCGGAAAAUUUAUUUUGGCGACCUCAUCCCCCCCCCCCGUCGCCAAAAAAAUUUCGGUCAGUGUAUUAAGGGGUCAAAAAAAUUUUCCGGACAUACCAAAAUUUUUCGGAGCAUCACAUAAAUUUUCAAAAAAAACACUACAUUUGCCACAAAAUUGACUACAUUUUCGAAAAAAUUGACAGAAUUUGUCCGAUUUUUUUUUAAACAACCCAAAAUUGCCCGACUGUUAAUCGAAUAUUGCCCGACUGCCCAAAAAACUGGGGGGGGGGGCUACCCCUUAAGAUAAUCAGCUUUUGAACAAACGGCCCCUGACGGACUCAAACCAAUUAACAAAUAAACUGACGUGAAAACAUUAUACAAGAAGCAAUUGUUUAUUUUCAGAUUGUGAACAAGUUCCUGGGUUCGGUUCUUGCUGGAGCAUUUUUUGACAAAGUACAAGGAAUUCUUGAUCAUCCAACAUCACUUCCUGAAUUGCUGGCUAUGUCCCUUCCUGCUGUUGGAUCGUUUUUCAUUAACUAUGUCAUUCUUGAAGCAUUAACUGGCCACGCAACAAAUUUAUUACGUAUUGGGCCUCUUGUUAUCUGUAAUAUCAAGAAAAGAUGGUAAUUUUGUUUAUCACCGUUCCAUUAAAAACUGACGAAGGGCGAUGUUGUUUUUAUAUUUUUUUAUGUGGUUGUAUCAUCUACAACUGACGUCCGCAGUUUGUAUUCUUCGGCCACAUGCACUGGUCCCCACCUGAAAUAAAGUAUGAAACUAACGCCAAAUUCUUUGUUUGCAAUAGCUGAAUUCAUAGUAGAAGACGGAUUUCCGUCUAAGACGGGAAACUCGUCUCAGAAGAGAAACUCGUCUUGAUAUAAAUUCGGUUAACGACGGGUUUUCCGUCUCAACUUUUCCGUCUAAAGGCUGCAUUCCAGUUACGCGUUUUUCAUACGUGCGUACACGCACGUAAAAGUUGAAUUCGCUUUACAUCCUACUUAUGAAAUAACUAAAUUUAUAAAAGGACAGCAUUCAGUUUUGUGUAUGAUGUGUAUUUGUAUAGUGUUUAAUGUGUAUUUGUUAAGGUUAUUUGCACUUAUAUGAAAUUUUAAGCGAAUUCAACUUUUACGUGCAUGUACGCACGUAUGAAAAACGCGUAACUGGAAUGCAGCCUUAACUUUCCCGUCUGAAGACUCUGAACGACGGGAAAGUUAGACGAGUUUCUCGUCUUAGACGGAAAUCCGUCUUAAAUCCGUCUUAAAUUUAUAUCAGACGAAUAAAUCAAGACGGGUUUCUGUUCGUAACGUUCAAAAGAGACUCGGAUGGAGAGUCUCCUAUUUUUUUGGGUUCAUCCGUCAAAUCCGUCUUCUAAUAUGAAUUCAGCUAAUGACGUAAUUUUGGGAUUUCAGUUGACGGGCUGGUAUAACAAAAACUAUUUUAAUGUAUUCAUCGAGUUUAGAGACAGUUUAAUACGUAAAAGAUGAAUUGCCGUUCAGUUUUUCUUGCUACAAUCAUUCUGAUAGGAGAAAAAUCGUCCACAAGUUGUUUGAUUGCCCGUCAUUUGGAUGAAGAGUCACGUGAUUUCAAACAAAGAAUACGGGGUCCGUCUUGAACUGAAUUUAGAAUCUUGUCUCAAACAUUAAUUGAUACUUCUAUUCGGAGUUUGUUCCAUACUUUAUUUCAUGACGUUUUCGGCUGGCAGCGAAUUUUCGUCUGCUAGUUACUGUACCUGUGAUUAGCUGUAUAGUGGGAAACACUGUAGGCCUAAUCCAGAUUGUCACAUGACAUGAAAUCCUAAAUAUUUUGAUAUUUUUAAAGGUUGGCUAAAACUGAGCGAGAACAGAAAAUGGUAUGGAGUCCUCCACCACCAAGUUAUGGAGAAAUGGUAACUAUCGUUAUUUUUCAUUUAGUUUAAACAUUUUAAUUAGCAAGUGAAAUAUUAAUAAGAGGUUGAUCUGAAGUAAAAUUUAAAUAAAAGUAUUGAACUCGUUUUUAUAAAACUAACAGGCAACCUGACCAUGCUAUAGUCACUACAAUUGUUGAUGAGGUCUUGUUGUGAUAUUGACUUGACUACUUUUGCUUAAAUACAGUAUAGCAUGUCAUGAGCAUAAUGCAUUAACACUAAUAAAAAGUUACACAUCAUUGUCUACUAAGAUAAAACAUAACGUGGAAAACGAGUUCAGCACUUUUGUUGAUAUGUUCCCAGCUACUGUUUUAUUUUUUAACAACAUUCAUUAAAUUAGCUAUUCAAGAUACACAAAAUAAAUAGCCAAUGUGACGGGACACGAACAGGACAAAUCUAAUGUGAGAUCUAAAACAAAGUGGAUCUCUUGAAAAUACAAUACAUUGACCGUGAGUCCGUGACUGAGUUUUUCUUUUAUUUCCUUUUUAGUACUCAGCAGAUUUAUUUGUAUUCAUAAUUGGUGUUUGUUACUGUAUCCAAGCUCCCAUUGUUAUUCCUUUUGUUUUACUUUACUUUGGCUUUGGUUAUAUUGUUAACUUCUACUUCAUGGUGUACGUGAUGCGACCUCAAUAUAAUGCUGGGGGUAAAAUGUGGUUUCCUGUUUUUAACAGGUAUGUUUUAUUUCAGUUUGUUCUGUAGUCUUAGGAAGUAUAGUGAGAGAUUGCUGUUUCAGAGCCACUGGUAUUGGACCUUUUGGAAACCUUGCGAAAUCUCAGUGUAUAUACAGUGCCAUAUUUUAUCAAUAAUCAUACUACAUGUAAAUGGGGAAAAGUACCAUCGAUCAGACUACUUUGACUUACAAAGGCAAUUGACCCACCACCCUUAGAGGGGGAGGGCGUCUAACACCUCCCCCCACUCGUCAAAUUAUUUUUCCCAGCCGGCAAAUUGUUUUCCCAGUCGGCAAAACAUGAAUUGGAUAAUGAGGAAGGGAAAAAACUAAAAUAUUGGAGUGAAACUGAAAAAACUGACGUACCGCUUCCCCCGGACAAAUUAGCAAUCUAUCCAUAAUAUAACUUUUGUAAACGAAGCAAAUUUUGUGAAACUUUAUAUUAAUUUUAUAUUAAAAUGGUUAAUUUUUGGGCUGUAUGUGGUUGUUGUACCCGAACAGAUAUUGUUAGGGAGCAUCUGGAGGACACUCUAAGGAUUUGUGACGUCAGUGCAAUGGGUCUAUAUAAUGUCCUCAUAGAUCUUAUUUUGUAAUGUAAAAUCUUUCUUCUUACACUCCAUAUUUUGCAUGUAACUCUUAUUAAUACACUCUUUCGAUACUUCCUCACGCGAGUACUUCCUUGUUUGGAGAGCCUCGCUCUUAUGAAUCAAGACGAAAGGAAUUCACUCACGAGUCACGAGAAUGAAGCUACCAAGGAGAGACUUGUCUGACUUGUGGUGUAAUUAUUGAACGGUGAUUUUAGCAACAUUUUAGCGGAACGUUUUUUGAUACUAUAUUAUGGUAUAUAUAUCGGAGAUUUAUAGUGAUCAUUUAAGAUCUUGACCAAGUUUAAUUAACAUCAUGUAUGAUAAAUUGAUAAUGAUAUAUUGGUUUAAUAUGUUUUAGGAUGGUGUUUGCUGUGAUUGUUUUUCAAAUUUUAAUGAUCGGAAUCUUUGCAUUAAAGAAUAACGUUUCAGUUUCUACUCUGUCAAUUCCUCCGUUGUUUGUGACAAUAAUAUUUUACAUAUUUAUUAAUAUGUAUUGGACGAGAAUUGGUAGUUUCAUGGAACUAACAAAUUUUUCAACACCUGAUGGUGAUACAUCUGUUGAUGAAAUUUUUUUAAAGGUAUUGUAUGGAGAGUUAUUUAGUAAAAUUGCAAUAGGAUGUUAUUAUACCUGUCCUUCAUGUGACUCAUGUAGACUUUAUUAAUAUAGUCCUUUCAAAAUCAACACGAUGCCAUUAAUUUCCCAUUUUCCCGUCCUUCAGAACAAUUUACAAAAUCUUCAUUUCUCUUUCUCUUGAAAUGUUGCUCUUCCUCUUGAACAAAGGCUCACCUCAAAGAGUAAAUUUUAGCAGUUCUCAAAGAUCGUUUAUGAUGCGGCACGCUCCGAGAUUCAAAUAUUAGCCCAUCAAUACAAUAUAUUUUAUCGAAUAAAAAAAAAAUAAGACUUGCCUUUUUCGAUUUCUCUUAAAAACCUGUCGAACAAACAACUGAACAAGGCCAAUUUCCCGGAUUUCAAACAGGGGCGUAGGAACUGGGGGGCCAGGGGGCCAGGCCCCCCAAGUUUUGGCAAGUGCCCUUUUUCCGGGAGCAAAGUGCCCUCUUCUUGCGUGAAAAAUGUCAUUAAGAUUGCAUUUUUUUCCCAAAGGGUACUUUUGAAAACUUGAAUCUACGUUAUUUCCGGAAAAUUUUUUCCACUUCUGGGAAAAAUAUCGUAUAUCCGGAAAAUUUUUUGGUAUAUCCGGAAAAUUUUUUUCAUAUUUAGGAAAAAAUGUGAUAUAUCCGGUCGCCAACAUAUCUGGGAAAAAAAUUUUAGAUGCCUUUUUUUCCAAAAAGUGCCCCUCAAAGCCUGCCCCCCCAACUUUUAGAAGCUUCCUACGCCCCUGAUUUCAAACAUUUAACUUUAUACUUUUCCAUUCGGGAAUGAAAACGUCUGCGGGAUCAUUGAGCCCAUUGAUCUCUGGAAAUCGUAUCGCCUCAACAUGAAAAUUUGGAUGCACGUGAUACGUUAUACUGACAUUUAAACAUUUUCUUGAGUAUUUCCUGCUUCUGUCAUAAAAUAAUGAUGACUGAUGUGUUGUUAAAUUGUGGCGCUUGGCGCGGUGUCUUUUUUGGCGUUGGAAACUUGGAUAUAGCAAGUAAAAUUUCGAAAAUCGAACGUUUUAGCAAAACAUGGCGGCCUCUGCAGGCUAGUAAUGAAUAUGAAAUAACACAAUCACACUCAUGAAAUAACUACAAUCUAAUAAUGAAUAUGAAAUAACACCUGAGUUUUGUAUAGGUUAAUUAAUUCCUUGGGUACUGUUAAUUAUUUAAUUAAAACAGCUUCACUAAAGAGAAAAAAGAUAAAUUAGGGGAAUAGAAAAGUUUUUUGUAACCUACUUAUACUUACUAUAGCUUCUCCUUGCCUUGCUUUCUUUCCCCAAUUGAAAAACAGUGAAGUUGGUCUGUAUUCUGGAAAGACACACACUUUUUUAUUUAAUUAUUUUAAUUAUUUAAAAAUGCCCGGAAAAUAUUGGUGAAAAUCUUUAUAAUUUUUUUAUUUGUAGACUGCACAUGAAAAGUACAUCCGCAAUAAAAUUGUCCCGUCACUAUACGCCGUGAGCACUGAUGACGUAAUCAGCGAAGACAGCGAUGUGGCGCAAAAUGAUGACAACAAAAAUCAACCAUUAAAUGAAUUGACAGAUGAAGCUGAAUCAAGUGUGUUGGACAAGAGAGGAAUCGUUUGA